AUGAUCGAGUCCUUCAUCAAGGCGACUCCAACUCUCCCUUGGCCUGAGCCAUCGCCCACCUCGUCGGUGGCGCCCAUUCCCACUGUCGUUCCCGGCAGUGAUCCCAUCUUCCAGGUGCUCCAUGACACCGGGAAACGGACACUAUGGGUGGUUACUGUGCUCAUGGGUAUCUCCUCUCUCGUGUUCUACGUUCUAGGUGCUCGGGUCCCUAUCACUAAACGCGUGUUCCACGUUCUCGUUGCUCUCGCCAGCACCAUCUCCUUUAUCAUCUACCUCGCUCUGGCGACAGGACAAGGCAUGGACUGGAAGCUCGACAUCAUCAAGGAGCACAACAAGCAUGUCCCCAACACCACGCAGGAAUACUACCGUCAAAUUCUCUGGCUCCGCUAUGUCCUUUGGUUCUUGACGGAGCCUUUGGGUCUCAUCAGCUUGUCGCUGCUCUCCGGUCUGCCUGGCGCCCACCUACUCAUCGCCAUCGCGGCCGACUUUAUCAUGCUGGGCUCGGGCAUUCUGGGCACCUAUGCCGGCCAUUCCUCGCGCAGAUGGGUCUGGUUCACUAUUAGCGCAAUCGGAUAUCUUACAACAGUCUACCAUAUCAGUGUCCAUGGAAGCCGGGCAGCGAGCAACAAGGAUGUCCAGACCAAGCGGUUCUUCGGAACUCUGUCGGGCGUCAUGUUGUUUGUCAAGCUCUUGUACCCAGUGGCCCUCGCUGCUGGAGCUUUGGCGCUGAAAAUCAACGUUGAUGUCGAGACCAUCCUCUUUGCCAUCUACGAUAUCUUCUCCCAGGGUAUUCUCGGUUAUUGGCUGCUCAUUGCGCAUGACGGCGCUCCUGGAAUUACCCUCAACGUUGACGGAUUUUGGUCCCACGGCCUGGGUAACGAGGGCGCUAUUCGCAUCAGCGAAGAAGACGGAGCAUAA